AUGUCAAUAUCCUCAAAUCAUUCUCCCCACGAUCUCUCUUCAUUUCACUUUCAAAAAAGAGUCUCCUUUAACAGUCUUUUCAUUGACAUAAUAGACCCUGAAAAGCCUCGUUUUGCUCCAUCUUUUAUUUACAACAUAGACGGCAAUUCUUCUUCAACCACUGAUCUUCUGGCAAAAAUUAAAAAAAAAAAGCUAGAUUUAAAUUUUGGUUAUGCUCCUGUCAGGUCCUCUUUGGCUUCCUCAAACCUUGAUCCUUCCUUAUUUAAAUUCGAUAGUUUCAAUGUAGUCAAUUCUCAGGAUAUUAAAUUGAACCAUAUAAAAAAAUCAAACGAAUACAAACUACAGAGAGAAAAAAUUAAAGAAAGGAAAAGAAAAAAACUACCCCCUCCAAAAAAUAAAAGUAUUCUAAAAAAAACUUCUUUAAAAUCUUCCUCUCUGAGCGAAAAUUCAAGCUUGAGAUUAUCAAAUUCAAACUUUUUAACUUCUUCAGAUGAUUCAUUAGAUGAUCAAGCUCUAACUGAUUCAAACACAAGAUUAAAUACAAUUCAUCCCGAUUUAUUUCUAAAUCCAAAAUCUCUUACUUCCAUUCAAAAUAACUCAAAAUCACCCAAUUCUAAAAAGAAUUCCUUUUCAAACCCGAAUUCCUUUUCUUCGGUCUCAAAAAAAUUCUCUUCUGAAGAUCAAGACUCUCAAACUUUAAAAAAUACUCAGCUUAAUAUUCUAUUCACAAGUGAUAAUUCCAAUUUCUUUUAUCAACAACAACAACAAUCUUCUGCAAUUGACAUUGAUGCCUUUAACAAUAUAAACAAUUCCUUAACCGAGGAAAAAAAAAGAAGGAAAUUAACUGAAAUGACUGACGAAGAAAUUUUAAAAUUAGACAAUCAGUUUUCUUUGAAAAAAUCAACUGACAUAAACACUGAACAGUUUCUAGGAAAUCUUGUCUUCGAGUUUAACCUGAAUAACAAUAAUACUAUUGAUAACACUAAUGAUGAUAACAUUCUUAGCAUGAAUAAUAGUAGCUAUACUGUAGAUGACGCUCCAAAGUAUAGCGAAGAUGGUACAAACAUAACAAAUUUAUUCAAUAAACAAUACCCUUCAAGGCCAACUGUUGGCUACAAAUCCUUUAUUUUAAAAAAAAGACAUCCAGAUUUCGAUCAAUUUUUAUUGAAAAAUACAAUCCAUAAACCCAAAGAUCACUACACGUCUUUUAAACAAGAACAAGAAAAUUUUGCCAAUUUAAAUAUUAACAGUCUACCACCACUAAUCAAAGAAGAUUUAGAAGAAGAAUUUCAGUCUUCCUCUCAAAUAAUUUUACUUUAUUUAAGUGGCAGAAAACAUACCUGGUCUUCAAUUGAUUACACUUUGGACAACUUGAUUCAUAACGGUGAUCAAUUGAUUCUUAUAACAACCAUUCCUUCAAAUUUUGAACUGAUCGAAAACUGGCUAGAGUCUAACAGUUUAUUGAAAAUUAAAAAAAAUAUUAAAAAAAAGUCCUACAAAACAUCUUCAAUGCUAGAUGAUUUGGAAUCGUCACUAUCCAGAGUUAAUUCGAGAUCUUCAUUUUCAAGUCUUCAAUCGAAACCGGCUCCAUCGAUUUAUAGUUUAUCACUAGCAAAUACAAACAACAAAAGUAGAGCGCCUUAUAAAAUUGUUCCCCUAGAAAAACAAGAUAAAGGCUUCAAGUCGUCAAGUUAUAAGAGUUUAAAUUUUUACUACAAUGGCAACAGCAAUAGCAUUAAUAGUAAUAGUAAUAUUAAUAGUAAUAGUCUUAGUAAAUAUAAUGGUGAGAAUAGUGAUGGCAUUACUGGAGAUAAAUAUAAUAGCAAUAAUAGUAAUAAUAAUGAGCACUCAAUUGAAAUCAAAGACAUCAACGAAAGAAAUGAAAAAUUAAUUGAAUAUAUCAAUAAAAAGCUUUCCAAGUUGAUGGACUAUGUUAUCAAAUUAUGUAAUGAGAAACGAUUAAAAAUUGAAAUCACUAUUGAAGUUUGUUGUGAUGAACCAAUUAAUAAAAAAUAUGAGGAAAUCAAGCAAAAGGAAAUUGAAAGUAAUUAUUUAAAGCAAAAAAAUCUAAGUGAAAGUAAUAUGAAUAAUCUUAAUGGAUUCCGUAAAAACUCUGCCAAUAUUGAAGAUUUUCUAUUGUAUAAAAAGGACAGUGAAAUAAAUAAAAAAGAAUCAAAAUUAACAUCAAUGUACAAGAAUUUAUUGCAUAAGAAGUUAGAUUUGAAAUAUAUUUUCCGAAAUGUGAUUGAAGUAUAUAGUCCCAAUACGAUUGUCAUUGGAUCUAAAAGAGACGAUCUUAAGUUAACUGUCGGAGUUGAAGAAUUAGAAAAUUUAUCAAAGGUUACAACAAUGUCAUCAGAGGCUAAUUUAAGCGAAGAGAGAAAUAAAAGCAAAAGCAUUAAUGGCAAAGAAGGAGAUUUAUCUAAAAUUCGAACUUCUGCUUCGUUACUUUACUAUGAUGUAAAAAGAGAAUUAUCAAGAGAUAACAGUGGAUCAGAUGUAUUAAGUCGAACAAUAACUUCAUUAUCGCAGAUUGACGGUGUGACUAAAUUUGAAAAGGGAAUUAAAAAUAAAAGAAUUAGACUAUCUGAAUUUUUGGUUAAAACAUGCAAGAUGCCAGUAUUGGUUGUUCCAGAUGUUUAUUAUAAUGAAAACGGAGGAGGAAACAAACGCAAUAUCAACAGGAAAUGGGAUAAUGAUUGGGAUGGCAUAGAUGAUGAUGAUGAUGAUGAUAAUUAUAAUUAUGACGAAGAAUAUGAUGAAGAAUAUGAUAGUGAUGAACUGAGUGAAGAAAAGAAAAUAAAAAAAAUAAAGAAAGAAAGAGACUAUGAUAACAAUGAUAAUGAUAAUGAUAAUGAUAAUGAUAAUGAUAAAAUAGUUUGUCAGGAUUUUUUUGAAAAGUUGCUAACUGAAGUGAGUGAUAAAUCCCGUAAGGAGAGUAUAAAUUAUAUCAAAAACUCAAGAUAUGAUUAUUCUAAUAUGAAAAAUAAAGGACAUAAAAAAAUUGGAAAAGAAUUGAAGGACUACAAGAUGAGUAGUGAAUACACAGAUUCAAGUGACAGUGAAUCUGAUGACAAUGUGGAUGAAAAGCCAUACUUCCCAAAGGAAACUCUAUCCUUAAACUCUAUUAGACAUACAUAA